AUGGUCUAUGACAGAGGUGGGCUUCUCCAGUCAUAUGAAGACUUUUUGCUUUUAAUGAUAUUCCCCCCCCACCACCACCACCUAACUCUCUAUUAUAAAGCCCAUACUGUAAUGACAAUUCAUACCGCUGUCAGAUACGAUCUAGCCCCAUCAGUUACAGCGCUUAAAUCAUUAUCAGGUCUCAAAAGAGCAACUUAUCCGUUUAAGAAGGAGGUAGCCUUAGUAUUUCGUCUUUAUUUGAUAGAAGAAAAAGGUGAAAAAGAAUCGAAUACUACGAUUGCUACGAAAAGCUUCUUUUUGAUACCACUCUCCCCGUGGAGUCCACUAUCUAUUUGCAUGAAUACCGUACUAUAUAGAAUUAGCUUUAAUUUGAGUAUUUUCCAUUGGUUUCAUAAUAAAGACUUUGCAGUUCUCUCAGUGACCUCUUUAGUGCAAAGAAAAACCGAUAUGCUUCAAGUUGGCGAGAAAGAUAGUAGUGAUCUGAAAGCGAACGUCGAGCUUGCAACAAAAUUCAUUGAUUUCAAAGCUGUUAAUUUGGUGAUCACUUUGGCCAUACAGAACCCCCAUGAAGCCAAUAAGGCAAUCAGACUCACGACUCAAUCUAUAAAGUAUCAAUAUUACAAAAGGAACGCGUGA